CGUACAGUCAGACAGCGAAUACCCGGAUGUAAGACUGCAACAAGUCACAUGUAUGUGAAAAAAUAAGCGCACAGAGCAAUGAAAAACAAAAAGAAGACCCCUAAUGCCCACAAGGCCAAAUUCAAGCCUGGAUCCAAGAAAAGGGAAAAUAAAUGUAUCCUCACAUUUAACGAUAAAGAUAGGGAAGAUUAUCUCACUGGUUUCCAUAAGAGGAAAGUGGAAAGAAGGAAAGCUGCUGUCGCUGAAAUACGCAAGAAGAUCAAGGAAGAACAAAACCGGGUUCGAGAAGAGAGGCAUAAGGAAUACUUGAAAAUGCUGAAGGAGCGACAAGACGCACUUGAGGAAAGUGAAGACGAUCUCGAAGAUGUCAUCACCCAUAAAACAGAAUCAGUUCAGUUUGACCAUCCUAAUCACACAGUCACGGUGACGACCAUCAGUGAUCUUGACCUCACCACUAAUCACCUACUCGAGCGAGUAACGAAUAAGGUCAACGGGAAGAAUGAAGAUCAUGAAAAUGAGGACGAAGAAGAGAACACAAAGACUAUCCCCAAAAAAGCAGGGAAUCCAAUUUUGAACAAAAAGAUUCGCUCGCUGACUGCUUCACUGAGUACAUACACCAGCAAAAGGAAGUCAAAAGGGAAGCAGGAAGGACGAAAAGGACAAGGUCGGCAGACGGACAAGAGGGCUGAUGCGAGAGUUGGCGAGAUCAAAAUCGGCGCAAAGAAGACCACCAAGCGGCAGCGACGCCGCAUGACUGGAAAAAAGCAGCGUCAACAAGACUGAAAGAUCACAUUUCUGAACUUUUUAGGCAGCAAGGAGGCUGAAUGGUCAACAUGUCUGCCUCACAGCUAACGAUCGAGCGAACUGGAUGGAUGGGCAAAAGCCAAACGGAAUUCUCUACAUUUUCUCGUUCCGCGCCGUUGUUAGUGAUUGACAUCCAAUCAUGGGGCUCUUCAAAGCUAUAUUAUAGCUCUUUUAAUGAGUUUAUCACUAGUAGAUGUCCAAUCCAUUUGAACCGGCAGUGUGGCGGAGAAUGAGGUUUAAUUCGACUGAACGAUUAUUCAUUCACUGUCAUUGAACGUCUAUCACUGUCAAUGGCAGCCGAUAAGUUAAUAUAAACUGGAUGUAUUUGGUAACUACUAUAGUUGUGCCUAGUAUGACUGGUUUUAUAUUCCCACGAUUCCUGCAAGGUGAAGGUUUUGUAUUUUGCGGUGUCAUUUUUGUACACUCAAUGUUCCAUUACUUUUGAUUAAAGUCUAAUCUCCACAUGUUGCACUGUUGUUGGUGGAGUGUUAUUUUCACACUUUUAGCUCAAUUUUACUCUUUCCUCCUAGAACAGAAGGGAAGUUUGAGCUUAACGUUUGUUCAUCCCCGUCCUCUCAUGU